UUAACACCACACGUCUUUGCUGCUGCUGCUUUCCUUUGUGGAAUUUCUUACUGGUGCAGCUUGCCAGAUCAUCGUUUCCUUAACUGCUUACAGUCAGAGGUCUUGUUUUUAUGUUUGAGAGCAAUAUUAAAGAAGCAUUUUGAGCGUGGGAAACGAGCACUGGAACUGUAUUCCAGCUGUAGAAGCUAUAUUGCUAAGACGCAGAAGUUUAAGAUGCAGCUGAAGCUCUUACUUUAGGACAUUUUGGAUACACUGUAAGAUCGUUAAGGUGCAGCUAUGUACCUUUAUGGCAGUGAGGAUUAUGAAGUGGGUUCGGCGGACUCCUACACCAGCCGUCCAUCCGAUUCAGAUGUAUCUCUGGAGGAAGACAGGGAGGCAGUGCGGAGAGAGGCAGAGCGACAGGCCCAGGCACAGCUGGAAAAGGCGAAGACAAAGCCUGUUGCAUUUGCGGUUCGGACAAAUGUUGGUUACAGCGCAGCUCAUGAUGAUGAUGUCCCAGUCCCAGGCAUGGCCAUAUCAUUUGAAGCAAAAGAUUUUCUUCAUGUUAAAGAAAAAUUUAACAAUGACUGGUGGAUAGGACGGUUGGUGAAAGAAGGCUGUGAAAUAGGAUUCAUACCAAGUCCAGUCAAAUUAGAAAACAUGAGGCUACAGCAUGAACAAAGAGCAAAGCAAGGAAAAUUCUACUCCAGUAAAUCAGGAGGAAACUCAUCAUCCAGUUUGGGUGAUAUAGUACCUAGCUCCAGAAAAUCAACACCUCCAUCAUCUGCUAUAGACAUAGAUGCCACUGGCUUAGAUGCAGAAGAAAAUGAUAUUCCAGCAAACCAUCGCUCCCCCAAACCCAGUGCAAACAGUGUAACAUCACCCCACUCCAAAGAGAAAAGAAUGCCCUUCUUUAAGAAGAAGCAGAAAUCGACCGAGCACAUCCCUCCUUAUGAUGUAGUGCCUUCUAUGAGACCAGUAGUUUUAGUGGGGCCUUCCUUGAAGGGAUAUGAGGUGACAGAUAUGAUGCAAAAAGCAUUAUUUGAUUUUUUAAAACAUAGAUUUGAAGGGCGUAUAUCAAUCACACGGGUUACAGCAGACAUCUCGCUUGCCAAACGCUCAGUAUUAAACAAUCCUAGUAAGCAUGCGAUAAUAGAACGAUCUAACACAAAAUCAAGCUUGGCUGAAGUUCAGAGUGAAAUUGAACGGAUAUUUGAAUUAGCAAGGACGUUGCAGCUGGUAGUACUUGAUGCCGAUACCAUUAAUCACCCAGCUCAACUUAGUAAAACCUCUCUGGCUCCCAUUAUAGUCUAUGUAAAGAUUUCAUCUCCCAAGGUUUUACAGAGGCUAAUAAAAUCUCGAGGGAAAUCUCAGGCUAAACACCUUAAUGUUCAAAUGGUGGCAGCUGACAAACUCGCUCAAUGUCCUCCAGAAAUGUUUGAUGUAAUUCUGGAUGAGAACCAACUUGAAGAUGCCUGUGAGCACCUGGCUGACUAUCUGGAAGCCUAUUGGAAGGCCACACAUCCUCCCAGCAGCAGUCCUCCCAACCAGCUCCUCACUCGCACGCUUGCAACAGCCACCCUUCCUGUCAGCCCAGGUCCAAAUGCUAAUUCACAGGGCUCUCAAGGAGACCAGAGGAAUGACCAUUCAGCCCUUGAAAGAACCAGUUCACAAGUAGAAGAGGAAGCACGGGUUGAACCCACCAAGAAAUUGCAACAUCGUUCUUCUUCCUCAGCACAGCACCAUAACCAUCGUAGUAGUGUCAGUCGAGGCCUGUCUAGACAAGAAACGUUUGACUCAGAAACACAAGAGAGCAGAGAUUCAGCUUAUGUAGAGCCAAAGGAGGACUACUCACAUGAGCAUGGUGAUCACUAUGAUUCUCACAGGGAUCACAAUCAUAGAGACGAAUCACAUGGGAGCAGCGAUCACAGACACAGGGAAUCAAGACAUCGCUCAAGGGAAAGGGACCGAGAGCAGGACCACAAUGAAUGCAACAAACAGCGUAGUCGUCAUAAAUCAAGGGACCAAUAUUGUGACAAGGAUGGGGAAGUGGUAUCUAAAAAACGUAAUGACACGGGAGAAUGGAACAGGGAUGUUUACAUCCGUCAGUAACUUUUGCCUCUGGCAGUCUGGUGUUUCUUUGAAGUCUUGUAUAACAACACCCCUUGAAAAUAUCUUUGGGUUCUUCAUCGCAGAACAUGGUAUCCUUCUGUAUGCUGAUUUGUAUUGCUGUUGCUUGCAUAGCAAUAGCAUGAAAUAGAAUAUCCAUAUACUUUUUUUUUUUUUUUGUUAGUGCUAUUACAAAUUGGCAUAGUACAACUGCAGGGGUCCUGAUGGUGUACUGUGCAUUUUUUUUCCAAGCUGUUUUUGGUAGCUGCCACUUGAACAAUAUCUGUUGCCAUCAAGGUGUUGUUAGUGUUUUAAAACAAGGUACAGUUGAUGUUUAAUAACUUCCCAUGUAUUCAGCAAGCCAGAAUCAGCACAUACAAAACUAAAACUGUCGUCUAUUCUGAUUUUUAAUUUGUAUGCACUUGAUUUGCAUAUUAAUUUAAGAGCCACUGUCUGUUGCUUGUACCUCUAGUGGACUCCAUUCGGGGACAGAAUUCAGUCUUGCCUUACACAGGGGAUCAUAAAGUCAAAAUCUAUUUUCUAUGUAUUGGUACUGUGUACUGUAUAUACAGUUUAUAAAUGUUAUUUCUGAAAACACCUUCUUACUAUAUAAGUUUGACCACACUGUUUUAAGAGUCCUAAUGCCAAGUCAGCAGAUUUUCUUUUGAAUUACUGGCAACUGGAACUAGCCUCAUUCAGGAAAUUUGUAACAGUGUUUGAUCUAGACACUUUUUCGUCUGUAGCAUAAAGCUGAUAAUUACUGUAAAUGUGAAUGGAUGCUUGAGAUAAAAGGUUCAAUUCUUAUAUUUUUUGUUGUCCUUACAGACUUUAAAUUUAAAAUUUAUGGUCAAGAUAGAAAACCUAGCACUAUAAAUUGUUCUCUAUGUAAUUCUCACACAUUGCAAUGGGCACAGUCUAAUUUUUGCCUCAUUGUCAAAAAGGCAGAGCAUAUAUGACUAGGAAUGGCAAAAAGAGAGAAUGCAUUUGUAUAUGAGGGAACAGAAGUUUAGAAUGUAGACAAGAAUCUAUUGAACAAAAUAUAGAUUACUCAAAAUGCCAGCCAGUGAGUUUCUUUAUUUUAUCUCUUAAUUUAACUUUAAGAUCCCAAUUCACAUGAGUGAAGGAGCAUGAGGAAGUUUACUGCUGCAGGUAAUUGGGAAAGCAUAAAUCUGCUGGCUCUUUGUUGAGACUCCAGGAGAGUAAAACACAGGCAAAUGUUACUGUGAGUGUUUCACUGGAAAUGUAAAAUCUUUGUGUUUUAGAGUAUUUGUUUUAGUAAGAAAAAGUUUACACAGCUUGUGGAGAGUUAUUUUGUUGGAAAAUAAA